AUGGUCUCUGAAGUCACCAAAGGUUGGCAAUGGUUAAUGGCCUUGCCUAGCGUGUUUAGUGCUAAAGUUAUGGACACGAUGUCACAACUAAAGAAAGUUGGAAAAGAAGAUCCAAGAAGGGUGGUUCAUUCUUUGAAAGUGGCACUUGCCAUCACCUUAGUUUCUUUAUUUUACUAUGUUAAGCCUCUUUACAAUGGUUUUGGUUCAUCUGCAAUGUGGGCAGUUUUCACUGUCAUUGUUGUCUCCGAAUUCUCCGUAGGAGCAACGUUAGGAAAAGGUUUUAAUAGAGGUUUUGCAACAUUUUUAGCUGGUGCCAUGGGGCUUGGAUCUUAUUACAUGGUGAAUUCAAUGUCAAUGGGACAUAUAGUGGAACCUAUACUACUUGGAGCCUUAAUUUUUCUAAUAACUGCAGGAGUCACCUAUUUUCGAUUUUUGCCUCAAAUGAAAGCGAGAUAUGAUUAUGGGUUGCUGGUGUUUAUUUUGACAUUUUGCAUGGUGUCUGUUUCAAGCUACAGAGACUGCGAGAUAUUAGACAUUGCACUGAAAAGAGUAAUCACAAUCCUUACAGGUGGAUUAAUUUCUAUAUCAGUCAGCAUUUUUGUGUUACCCGUAUGGGCCGGUGGCGAUCUUCAUAAUCUUGAGUCAAAAAAUAUUGAAAAAUUAGGCAAUUUUUUAGAAGGUUUUGGAGAGGAAUAUUUCGGGACAUCAGAGGUUGGAGAUUCAAACAAAUCGUUUUUGCAAGGAUAUAAAAGUGUUCUUAACUCAAAACAAGUUGAAGAAAAUUUGGCCAAUUUUGCGAGGUGGGAACCCUGUCAUGGUGGCUUCAGAUAUGGUCAUCCAUGGCAACAAUACUUGAAGAUUGGAAACCUGUCAAGACAGUGUGCCUAUCGUAUUGAUGCUCUUAAUGGUUUUCUUAACUCUACCAAGACACUAAUAGAAAUCAGAAGCAAAAUACAAGAGCCAUGCAUGAAGAUGAGCACAGAAACAGGAAAAGCUUUAAAGAAAUUAGCAGUGGCAAUACAUAACAUGAUUCCACCAUCUUCUGUAGACACUCACAUUGCCAAAUCUAAGGUUGCUGCUACUAGCCUCAGAUCCAUUAUUAAGACAGGAUUGUGGGAAGAGACCAAUCUCUUUGAUGUUAUUCCUGUUUUGACUGUGGCUUCUCUGUUGGUUGAUGUGGUUUCUUGCACUGAGAGAUUAGCAGAGUCAAUACAAGAAUUAGCCACCCUAGCAAAAUUUGAGAACAAAAAGCACCCAACGAGUCCUCGCCAUGAGGAAACUCCACAACAACACAACAGUGGACCACAUCAUGUUAUUGCUAUUAAUUAA